AUGCCUCCCAAUGUUACAGGGUUUAUGUGGUACAGGGGGGAAGGGGCAAAGUUCAAAGAUAAUAUUGCAGGUUUUCGAAUGUCCACAGGACAUAGAGCAGGGCCUGCAUACAGCGGUCGAGAGCAAAUAAACUUUGAUGGAUCCUUGCUGAUAAAGAAGGUCACCCUGAAGGACACAGGAAUCUACACCGUAGUAGUCUACCUUCCAGGCUCAAUAAAAGAAAUAGGAUUUGGACGGCUCAAUGUAUAUGAACCGGUGAGCGUGCCCACCCUCCAAGCCAGCAACACCACAGUCACGGAGAAUAAGGAUUCCGUGGUCCUGACCUGCUACACAAAUGCAGUCUCCACCCAGUGGUUCUUCAAUGGCAUGAAUCUGCGGCUGACUGAGCGGAUGAAGCUCAUGAAGCUGUCCUGGAGCAACAGAACCCUCACCAUAGACCCUGUCAGGAGGGAGGAUGCUGGGAACUACCAGUGUGAAGUGUCCAACCCCAUCAGUUCUGCUGAAAGUGAAGCAGUUGAGCUGGAUAUCCCGCCUCUGGUUGGUCCCAAUAGCACCAUCUCCACAGUGAAGCUGACACCGAGUCCCUCCCAGCAAGGGCAGUGGUCAUGUGAUGACCAGUGGGAGCAUGUGCUAAGCUUCCAGGAGUCCAAGCUCUGUCCCUUCUCCAAUGGGUCCUGUGGAGGGUACCUGGACACUGUUUUGGACAGCAAGAAUGUACAGGAGGACUCCCAUAGCUCACAAGAGUGCCCACCCUCCAAGAAGCAACACAAAGUCACAGAGCAUGAGAAUGCUGUGGUCCUGACCUGCUACUCAACUGUGAUCCUCACCCAGUGGUUCUUCAAUGACAUGAGUCUGUAA